UCGCGAGGCGAGGCCCCGCCGGCCGGAGGGGGGGCCCGCUCCUCGCCGCCGCCAUGAGCGUGGAGGCGUACGGCCCCAGCUCGCAGACUCUCACCUUCCUGGACACCGAGGAGGCCGAGCUGCUCGGCGCCGACACCCAGGGCUCCGAGUUCGAGUUCACCGACUUCACCCUCCCCAGCCAGACCCAGACCCCGCCCGGGCCCGGACACGGGGGCCCGGGGCAGGGCCCGCCGGGCCCGGGGCAGGGGCCGCUCGGACAGAUCGAGGCACAGGUUAAUGGUCCUGAUGGGAUCCUCCAAAAUGGUGCAGUGGAUGAUAAUGUAGCUAAAACCAGUCAACUGCUUGCAGAAUUAAACUUUGAAGAAGAUGAAGAAGAUACCUAUUACACCAAGGAUCUUCCUGUGCAUGCUUGCAGUUACUGUGGCAUCCAUGACCCAGCUUGUGUGGUUUACUGUAAUACCAGCAAGAAGUGGUUCUGUAAUGGGCGUGGAAAUACAUCUGGCAGCCACAUUGUAAAUCAUCUCGUCAGAGCAAAAUGUAAAGAGGUGACUCUUCACAAAGAUGGUCCUUUGGGAGAGACUGUCUUGGAGUGUUAUAAUUGUGGAUGUCGUAAUGUGUUCCUCCUUGGCUUCAUUCCAGCUAAGGCUGACUCGGUAGUCGUAUUAUUAUGCAGGCAACCGUGUGCCAGUCAGAGCAGUUUAAAGGAUAUUAAUUGGGACAGCUCACAGUGGCAACCUCUUAUCCAAGACCGUUGUUUCCUUUCCUGGCUGGUAAAGAUUCCUUCUGAACAGGAGCAGUUGAGAGCACGUCAGAUUACAGCUCAACAAAUUAACAAACUGGAAGAACUCUGGAAAGAAAAUCCAUCUGCAACCCUUGAAGACUUGGAAAAACCUGGUGUUGAUGAAGAACCACAGCAUGUCUUACUUAGAUAUGAGGAUGCUUAUCAAUACCAAAAUAUUUUUGGCCCUCUAGUCAAGCUUGAAGCAGAUUAUGACAAGAAACUCAAGGAGUCCCAGACCCAAGAUAACAUCACAGUGAGAUGGGACCUGGGCUUGAACAAGAAGAGAAUUGCUUACUUCACUUUGCCAAAGACUGACUCAGAUAUGCGUCUUAUGCAGGGAGACGAAAUCUGCCUGAGAUAUAAAGGAGACCUGGCCCCUUUGUGGAAAGGAAUUGGUCAUGUUAUUAAAGUUCCUGAUAAUUAUGGUGAUGAGAUAGCUAUUGAGUUGAGGAGCAGUGUUGGAGCACCUGUGGAGGUUACUCAUAACUUCCAAGUGGAUUUUGUGUGGAAGUCCACUUCAUUUGACAGAAUGCAGAGUGCUUUAAAAACGUUUGCCGUGGAUGAAACUUCAGUGUCUGGCUACAUCUACCACAAAUUGUUAGGUCAUGAGGUAGAAGAUGUGAUUAUUAAAUGCCAGCUGCCAAAGCGUUUUACAGCGCAAGGACUUCCUGACCUCAAUCAUUCUCAGGUUUAUGCUGUAAAGACUGUCUUGCAGCGUCCUCUGAGCCUUAUCCAAGGUCCCCCUGGUACAGGAAAAACUGUGACAUCAGCCACUAUUGUCUACCAUUUAGCUAGGCAGGGCAAUGGGCCUGUGUUAGUUUGUGCCCCAAGUAACAUAGCUGUGGAUCAGCUCACUGAGAAGAUCCAUCAGACAGGGCUAAAAGUCGUUCGUCUAUGUGCUAAAAGCCGCGAGGCAAUUGAUUCUCCUGUAUCUUUCCUGGCUUUGCACAACCAGAUUAGAAACAUGGAUAGUAUGCCUGAGCUUCAGAAACUGCAGCAGCUGAAAGAUGAAACUGGAGAAUUGUCAUCUGCUGAUGAGAAACGCUAUCGUGCACUGAAACGAACAGCAGAGCGUGAAUUACUUAUGAAUGCAGAUGUUAUUUGCUGCACGUGUGUGGGAGCAGGUGACCCAAGACUUGCAAAAAUGCAGUUUCGUUCCAUUUUAAUUGAUGAAAGCACACAGGCUACUGAACCAGAGUGUAUGGUGCCAGUUGUUCUGGGAGCCAAACAGCUGAUCCUUGUUGGUGAUCACUGCCAGCUUGGUCCUGUCGUGAUGUGUAAAAAAGCUGCGAAGGCAGGCCUGUCUCAAUCCCUUUUUGAGAGGCUUGUGGUGUUGGGUAUCCGUCCAAUUCGCCUGCAAGUGCAGUAUCGUAUGCACCCUGCACUUAGUGCUUUUCCGUCCAACAUCUUCUAUGAGGGGUCACUCCAGAAUGGUGUUACGUUUAGUUUAGUGACUUCAAAAAUAAAACAAAAAACCUCUCUUCCUAGGACGGAAGCUGCUAAUGUGGAGAAGAUAACUACAAAGUUAUUGAAAGCUGGUGCCAAACCUGAUCAGAUUGGCAUUAUAACUCCCUAUGAGGGCCAGCGCUCUUACCUGGUACAGUACAUGCAGUUCAGCGGUUCCUUGCAUACAAAACUCUAUCAGGAAGUGGAAAUAGCAAGUGUUGAUGCUUUCCAAGGACGAGAGAAGGACUUUAUUAUCCUUUCUUGUGUAAGAGCCAACGAGCACCAAGGAAUUGGAUUUUUAAAUGAUCCCAGACGUCUUAAUGUGGCUCUCACCAGAGCAAGAUAUGGAGUAAUUAUUGUUGGGAACCCAAAAGCUCUGUCUAAACAACCACUUUGGAAUCACCUGCUGAACUACUACAAGGAGCAGAAGGUACUGGUAGAGGGACCACUAAACAAUCUCCGAGAAAGCCUUAUGCAGUUCAGCAAGCCUCGUAAACUUGUCAAUACCAUCAACCCAGGAGCCCGUUUCAUGACUACUGCCAUGUAUGAUGCACGUGAAGCUAUUAUUCCAGGAUCAGUCUAUGACCGGAGCAGUCAAGGACGCCCAUCGAACAUGUACUUCCAAACACAUGAUCAGAUUGGGAUGAUUAGUGCGGGACCCAGCCAUGUCACUGCUAUGAACAUUCCUAUCCCUUUCAACCUUGUGAUGCCACCAAUGCCACCACCAGGAUAUUUUGGGCAGCCUAAUGGACCGGCCGCAGGACGUGGGACACCUAAAGGAAAGACUGGUCGUGGUGGGCGCCAGAAAAAUCGUUUUGGGAUUCCUGGAACUAGCCAGUCAAACCUUCCAAACAGUCAAGCGAGUCAAGAUGUGGUGUCCCAGCCAUUCUCCCAGGGUCCACUGACUCAGGGUUAUAUCUCCAUGAGUCAGCCAUCACAGAUGAGCCAACCAGGACUCUCCCAGCCAGAAUUAUCACAGGACAGUUACCUUGGUGAUGAGUUUAAAUCUCAGAUUGAUGUGGCGCUGUCGCAGGAUUCUACUUACCAGGGUGAACGUGCAUAUCAACAUGGUGGAGUGACAGGACUGUCACAGUAUUAGAGUGUUGAGGAAGAAGAGCUAAGCUUGUGUGGAGCUUAGUUCCAUCAGCAUUUUAUUCUGGGUAAUAAAAAAAAAUAAAAUAAAAUGGAUACCUGUUUUCCACUGCUAAAACUGAAGCACCACUGUGUGAGAGCAACAGGAGAAAGAGAGAGAGAGAAAGGAGCGUGCGUGAGAGCCCACUGCUAGCUCACUGAGACAAGGAGACUGACCGGAGAGGAGAGAGAGCACCAAAGGACUGACUGGCGCCUCACUGGGAAGGCAACUCAGCUGACCACUCAUCCUUUCAGGGCGAGUCCCUGCUCCCCUAGUCAACCAAGCUUGAGAGAAGGGCCUUAAGCAGGUUUCACUUCAUUCCAUACUUCUCUUUGCGAGCAGGGCAUCACUUUUCAGAGCAGGAGGGGAGAGGAAAACCCUCAUCUCAGAGUUGUUCUCAUUUGAAAAGGUACUAGAUUUUAGCAGUAAGUGUUGACGUUUUAAAAGCAGAGUAUCUAAAGAGGAAAGAUCCUGCUGAAAAGUGACAGUAAGCCAAGCAGAAAACCAGCCAGAACAUGGCGACUGUUCAACGCUGAGAUGCAGGUUUUGUUGUCCAAAACUGGCUCUGAAAUUCUAGUGUCAUCAUGUCGCCCCCAUUCUGAACGGGUAUUUCGUGACAAGGUGGUUUUAAAGAGAUUCUUUCAAAGGAGCACUGAAUUUGUAGAAGUGUCUCUGAAUUCUUAGUAGUGGACCUGGGAGAUCCUUGUUCUGAGAAGCUUACAAAAAAAUUUUUUAAAACAAACAAAAAAAAAAUCUAAAUUAGAGCACCAACCUUGAGAACUUUCAGUGUGAUUUAAAGUUGCAGCAAUCAGCCUCUUCUUCCUACAAUGGAUAGCAGUUAGGAGUGAAAGGAGCCUGCAUGCUCAAGCAGGAGGAGGGUUUCAAAGUGUUUUCUGUAUGCUUUAAUUGGCUACUGUCUGGACUCUACUCUAUGAAAACAAGCCUUUCUGUAAGAUGAACUGUGCGCUUAAAAGGGGAUGGGUUCCUGUGCCCUUCGGCCCUGGAGGAAAAGAUGCUAGGAGGCCUGCUUUAUUCACUCCCACUGAUGCUGGGAGGAAGUAGUGGAAACUGGGGAUUAUAUUGGUUUUGAAGUAAAGACUCUAUAAUGAUAUUGAAGCAAGUUGGAAAAAAAUAAAUGGAAAAAGCAGGCAGUUGUUGGAAGGUGGCCUCUGAUAGAUGGGUAUAAUUAGAGACAAUGGACUAGGCUUUUGUGUGGCUUCUUCAGUGAUUUAAUGCAGCUACCUGAAUGAUUCAGGUGUUGAAGUUAAAAACAACCCUGGAGAUGGCAUUUCAGGUUGUGAACGUGGCUGUGACAUCAGUGCUGGCUUGAGAAGUAGUUGGAAGUCAAACUGAAAACAGCACAUAAAUAAGCCAUCCAAUUUCUAAGCUGUAUCCGUGUCCUAAACAAGUCAAGUGGAAACACUGGGAGCAUUUUAUUUGUCUAAACCUUUUUAGAAACAGCACAGAACUUAAAUUCCUACUAACCCAUUUUUAUCAGAUCUCUAAAUUAGAAUAACCUCUACCUCCUAAUUGGCUAAAAAUCAGUAGUGUGAAUUAGUUACUAGACUAGAUGUUUUUUAAUGUUUAUGAAUUAAGUUAGCUUUAUAAUCAAAGGGCUCCAAGAGUUUCUAGUCUUUUGGGGUUUUUUUGAGGAACUAAGAAAACCAACAAAAACACCAACAGAAAACAAUCCUCUCAAUGAACGUACUUAGACUAAAUAACAAAACCCACUUGUAAUUCGGAAACACCCACUUGCAUUACUCUGUCCUUUCUGUAGAUUAUCAAACUGCUUUCAUAACUUGUAUUUGCUAUAGUUUUCCAUGUCUUCCCCUCCUCCCCAGUAUAGUGUAGUAUACCCACAGGUUUUGUAAGUAGUGUGCACAUGAAAUUUAGAACAGAUGUUCUGAAUUCACUUUUUCUUUAUACUGUUCAUAAACUGCAAAAUAAAUUAGAAACCUUCCUGAAACAAAAAACCAUUCUUGUUUAUAAAAAGCCUCCAGCGUUUAGACUUCUACAGUGUGCAAAGAAUGGAGACACAGGCCACCUUCCUUCAUGUAAGAGGGACUAUUUUAUUUAUUAACAUUUUUAAUUUUUUUCCUUCUGGGUAGGCUGCGUAGUUGCAUAGAGAUUUGAUAAGUUUAAGCUGUAACUCUUUGUGCAAUGCAAUCCAUUGAGUAAUGUAACCCCUUCUCCCCCUGCCCCCAACCCCUUUAUUUCACUGGUUGGAAUGCUUGCCUCUGCUUUGUGCUGUUUUUUUCCUUUGUAGCAGUUACUGAGUUUUAUAAAUCCACAGACAUCAGUGCUAGCACUGUUACUCUUUUUUUGAUUUUGUCUGUAUGUUUUAAACCUGUUUGUCAUCAAUAAAAAGAUUAAUAAAGAGCUCUUGCAUUCAA